AUGUAAUCGUAACCUAAGACAGGAUCUAUUUAUCAUUGUUUAUCUCCAUAGAAUAUUAAACGUGCGGUGAAUAAGAUUCAAUGUCGAGAAUAAUAAAGCAAUCCUUGUGUUAGAUUGAAUAAUUAGGAUAAUCGACUCAAAUAAUUCCAAACUCUACUAAAUUCAUACAUGUAGAGUAAAUCACCGUCUAUUACAAAAACUAUAUAGAGUCGAAAGAGUUUGAAUGAACCUAGCAUUAAUAAUAUAGCUAGAAUUUCAGUAACUCCAUAGAAAAGUGAUAUUUCAAUUGCACGCAAAUAAAAUACUGAGCAUAAGGAAUUCUUAUUAUGCCAAUCCAUUUCAAGUUAAACUUCUGAUUUUGGUCCUUCAAAUCAAUUUAAAAUGUAGUUAUAGUAAAUACAACAAAAAGUACGCGAACGCUUCAAAAAAUAUGAAGAAGAAAAAAAGUAAUUUCAUGAAGAGAGAAAACUCUUUUUAGAAGAAAAGAAACAAUUAAUCUCAAGAAUACAAUAAUUAGAAUUAUAAGUUUAAGAAUUGACCAAAAAAAAAGAAGCAUUAGAUCAAUCAUUUGGUUGA